CCCCACUUUCUAACUUAAAUCUCCCCUGUUUAGUUUAAAACUGUUGGCCCGUGUCCUAUAACUCUCAGACUAUGCCCUUUAGGUACUGUAGGGACACAAUGAGGCCUCCCUGGCGCCUGCUCUUCUCCAGGCUGAACAGUCCCAGCUCCCUCGGUCUUUCCUUGUAGAAGUGCUGCAGCCCUUUGGGCAUCCUCGUGGCUUCCUCUGGACCUGCACCAACAACUCUAUGUCUUUCUUGUGCUGGGGGCCCCUUCUCUGCAGAGCUACUUUCACUGAUUCCUCCCAGUCUGUACUCAAGCCCUGGAUCAUGGAAGCUUAUACUUCACCCUCCUCAACUUGCCUAUCCCUUACCAUAGCUUUAGUGUCUAUUCCAUGAUCUUCCCAUUCUGAAACUGAGCUGAAACUCUCUCACCUGUAUUUCCUUGGGACAUCCUUUCCACCCUUCUUAAAAAUGGGAGUGAUGUUUCCAUUUUUUUCUAGUCAUUGGAGACUCUUGUCUGACUGCCAUGACUUUUCAUCUCCAUGAGCACCAGAUCCAGUAACAUUUCACCUCUUGCUGGUUUGCUUAAUACCUGGACCAGAAGUUGUCCUCAGUGCAUUUCAGGAGUCUCCUGAAUUGCUUACAGCCUGCUGUGUUGCUUUCCCAGCAGAUAUCUGGAUAGCUGAAAUCCCCAAUGAGGAUGAGAGCCUGUGAACACAAAGCCUCUUGUAGCUGAAGCAAGAAGGCUUCAAUAACAAGCUUUCUUUGACCAUGUUGCCCUGACCUCCAGAUGUCCUUUAUUGGUCCAGUCCCUAAUUUUAACCCACAAACUCUCAGCCUGAUCAUGUGUGUUUCUCAGAGGCAGCUCUUUGCAAGCUACCCAUUUCUUAACACAGAGGGUAACUCCCCCAGGCCUCCUUCCCUGCAUAUCUCUUCUAGACAGCUUGUAGCCCUGGAUUGCAGAAUUCCACUCCUGUGAUUUGUCUCAUCACAUUUCUGCCAUAGUAAUUAGGUUGCAGUUUCCUAACUGCACCAUGGCUUCCACCUUCUCCUGCUUGUUUCCAAUGCUGUGUAGAGGAAUUUCAGCAGAGCUAUCAGCAGUGUUAUAUUUAUAGAGGAGCCCUCCCUAAUUCCUUGGGGGCAAUUCACAGGUAUUUCCCUGCUGCUUCCUGAAGUGUUAUUGUUCUGGUUUGUCUUUAUCACUCAGAAGUACAUCCCCUUUCACUGCUGAAUCUAGAUCAUAGCUCUGCUGAUCAGUUUGGCCAGCUCGCUGCCCGGAACACACCUGCUUCUCCUGGCCAGAUCUGGUGCCCUGCCUGGUAUCAACGUGCCCAGCCUCUCAAAGAUGUGUCAGAGCAGGACUGCAGUAUCUUGAACCAGUACCGUUAAUGAAGGCAACACAUUACAAAACCACAGUCUCAUGCUCAGAGCCUGACAGCUAUUGGUCAUAAUGCAAAGUGAAGUUCUCUUCCGACUUCCUGCAUGUUGUUUUAAAAUGUGAAAUCCACCCAUCACAUGGUAAUUCCUUAUUCAAUUUAAAGUGUGGCCACUUGCAACGAGCUGAAACUUCAGAUUUUGUUGCCAAUUUCUGCAUUUCUGUUUAGAACGGUGAAGACAUAGUUCUGAAACACUGCUUUACUAGACAUUGCUAUAAGAUACUGCUCAUGAGAAUAGCUGUCAUUGGUUCUAUAGUGGAAAAAAAACAUGCUCGUGCUUAACACUUCCCAGUUUCUAAUUUUAUCAGGCUGUUAUAUCUCCAAAUUAAAAAAUAAGCAUUUAAAAAAAAAAAAAAAAAAAAAAAGAAUAGGCAGCUUAGGAGUCUAAAGGAUUGCUUUUAUCACUAGGUGUUGAGUAGGAAAAGAAAUAAAAUAUCAACUGCUUUAAUAUCUCUUCUCAGCUCUGUUUUGUAUUCUGAAGUGUAAACUAAAAGUGCUUAGAGAAAAAUAAAAAGUAAUGUAAAUAGUUGGUCUUGCAGUACAUGUACCUUCCCAUUCACUACAGAAUCAAAAAUUUGUCAGGUUUGUUUUAUAUACAUAUCUAUGUGUGUGUAUAUAGAUAAAUAUAUAUACACACAUACAUAUAAAAGAUGAAGAACUUUCUUCUUCCUUGAGACAAGAGUUGAGGAACAGAGAUUGACUCAAUUGCUACUUCAAAUUAUGAUUUACUAAGAACUUCAGGCAAGCUUCGUACCUGUUACAUCUUGACCAUGAACUUCUAAAAUAACUAGUGAAUAUACCAUUCUUUGAGAUACCAAAGCUAUGAGACACUAAAUAAUGUUUCAGAAAAUGGCAUAAGAUACUGUAGGCAUUUUACAGCAGCUUUGUAGUGUGGUGUCUGAACAGUUUAAAUAUGUUUGACAGUUCCAUUAUCUCUUCUAGAAGAGGUAGUUGACAUCAGCAGAGAAGGUGAAAUUCACUGUGAAUUACAUCAAUUCAUUUAUGGUUGAAAUCUUUAUGCUGUUAAGAUAAUUUCCAUGUACAGCCACUUACUACUGUAGUGUGACUUUUCAUAAAAUGAAAAACCUUUAGUGUCAUAUUUGCGUACACUUAGCUCAUUUUAAUUCAAACUGCAAGCACUUCACCAAGAUGACUUAAAUGAAUAUAGCUAUUUGUAGCUAUAUAGAACAUAAAAAAAAAAAAAAAAAAAAGAUAGCUGAUGAUUAAACUUGAACAGAAUUACUAGCAACUAUAAGCCGGAAAUAUGCACAGAGUUCAUUACCUCUUAUAUAGGAUGAAAGAACCACUGAUGCUUUUUUGAAUACCCCAGGAGUAAGUCAUUCUGGAAUGAAACCAAAGUAUGGCAAUUUCAUAAUGGAUUUUUUCUCAGUACGUGAUUUCUGAAAAUGGAGAAAAAAUAUCAACGAUGUUUUAUCAGUACAGAGUAGUCACCUUUUACAGAGCUAAGAGGCAAAAAACAGCUGAUCAAAAUUGCUAUACAAUGGAACAAUAAGUGACUGAGUUCUACAACAAUAGAAACCGGGUAUAAGAUAGACCCAAAGUGAGAAAAAAUUAGAAAUUCCAAAUAUUGAUGGAUAUGUAAAUUAGCAUAUAAGUUAGUGUACACAGCACAUUCCUCAGUUAGUAAAACAUGGUAGCAUCUUCUAUAACAAGUGUUCUAAACGGUUGGUGAAUGAGAAACAUGCUUUACCUUUAAUAUGUUCUACUUUUAUACUUCUGCUAUGGUUUUAAGCAAAUGCAGGAAAAGUGUGGCCAGAGAUAUCAGAGUAUGUGUGAGAUUUCUGAUAUCUGCUUGACUCCUCGAUGGGGGCGCAGAGUACUCUUCCAAUGAGGCUGGAGAGUGGAAUGUUCACAGUUAAUACUACAUACUGUUGUGAAGAUUUAUUUUCUCACUCAUAUAUAUGUAAUAUUAGCCUUUACAUUAUACGAGUCAGCCUCUGUACACUCUGUACACUCUGUACUGUACUUGAUUUCAACCUUUGGCUCCUCUAUAUUAUACUUACCUUUUUAUAAUUGGAAAUAAACUAAAAAGAAAAUAUUAAAAACAGAGAAUGUAAGUUAAAUAACUUUCUCCUUAUAUUUCAUAUCCUUAAAUUAUAGAACUACUUGAUUCCAGAAAGCACCAAAAGUGAUGUGCACCAUUUAAGCCAUAAGGCCUUUAUGCAUAGCUAUUUUAUGACUAGAAAUCACAAACACUGUGAGAAUGGGAAACAAUAUUGAAUACCUGCUCAGGAGACAAUCCAUGUUUAAUGAAACUACUGAAAGCCUUUUGGUUUUGACUCCAAGAAAUUUUAAUCUACAAAACAAAGUAAAUAAUGAAUUUUCAACUAAACAGCAGUAACAAUAACAACAACAACAACAACAAAAAGUUGUUGUUGUUCCUUAUAGAACUAGAAACAAAAUAGAAAGUUAAGUAAUUAGGCUUCAUAAACCGAGUCAGGUGCUGUAAGAGACCGUUGUCUGUAGCUGUAUGGAACAAACUGCUGGAUCUCCUCCCAUCAAUCUGAAUGUAGUAGUGUUGAUUGCAUAUUGAAAUCUGCUUUUAUUUUACCAUCUAGACAGAUGAUAUAUUAAAACCAUUGUGCAGAGUUCUUUCUUUUUGGUAAAGCUCAUUUUUAAAUAUAAUUUCUUUGAGAUCAUAAAUAGAUGGAGUAAUAAAGAAAAGUCUCUGAUGUAACAGAACUAUUUUCAUCUGUCUGUUAAAAGAAGAAGAAACCCUCCUAAGGGUUUCAGAUGAUUGUAUUCAUUACAUUUCACUUCCCUUAUAGGUCAUUAAUUUUCACUUUUUAAAAUGGAUGCCGUACACUUUCUCAACUUUAAACUAGAGAAAGGCUGCAUUAUGCUGUUUGUUUAUUUAAUAAACCCAACAAACAACGCAGCAUAAAAAGACACAUCUUUUGUAUGUUAAAAUUUAGUAUAAAUGCGCUUAUUUGUUGUUGUUAAGAUUAAGGGAAAAAUAGUACUUUUCUGCAGCAGCUACAUUUACACUUACUGAUCUUUUACAGAGAGCUGUCAAAGCCUUUGGGUUGUUAUGCAAAACAUGAUACCAAUUUGAGAUUGACUGCUGUCAGAGAGCAGCACUGAUGUCUACAAAUGUAAUGUAAAAGCAUUUUGGUAAAUGUCACCAAAAUGGCAAAAUGUAAAAUAUAUCUGCAUGUGCUAACAGAGAGGAAGGUAAAAUAGAAACACCUAUCAGUCUGUUUUAACACCUGCCUCUGAAAAGUUCUGUACUGUUCCUGAUAUCACCUUUGCAGAACUGAAAUUGGUGCUGAUGUCGCAUUGCUUUGGAACAUCCUUGUUCUCAAAUCACAAUUCUCAUCUCACCAGCAAAUUAAUUAAGGUGAUUUUGAGGUCUGAUCAGUUUCUGCCACAAAACAGUUGGACAGUAUUUUAUUGGGAAAACAUUAAAAGCUGAGGAGUCCAAGAGCUUCAGGCCAACAUUUCAUCUUAAUGCAUCCUGUUUGUGUCCAAGUGUUAUUGUCCCUUCUGCACACUCUGCACUUUUCUGCAGCCCACAGAGGGGUUAGAAAUGCAAAGGUCAAUUAAGGAUAAACAUAAACUUGAGUAUUCUUUCUUUAUAGUCGAGGAUGUUUUCCGUACUUUGCUUUUUGUUAUGUAUUGUUUUUCUUUCAUCAGUGGAAGUGGAGAGUCAUACAUAAUUGCCUUUUUUUUUGCUUAGCUUCCAGGUGUUUCAUUUUCACUGGGGGUUUGAGGUCAAAGCCUAUGCAUGACAAUGUGCUGCUAUUUAUCUUUUUCAUUGCCUUAUCUGUCUGCUACUUGGAUAAACUAAAUUAUUCAGUAUUUGUUGAAAACUCUGUACAAGUUUUACAUGCAAUUUAUUUUAGGAAUACUGUUUCCAGCUAGGGAAUGCUUAAGCUUUAAAAUUAGCAUAAAAAACAAGAUGCAAUUUUUGCGUUUGGCUUUGCUGUAAGUACUGGAACACAAAUGAAUGCAAUGAUACCUUUCGGUUCAUACCAGCAUCCUUUCAAAAACAAGCAAACAAAAUAUUUCAAAUCAGGUGACAUCCAUCCUAGCAGCUGUCUCCCAGCGCGUGAGCCGAUCGCACACAGCUCCCUGUGCCGGGGGCCAGUGACUGCAGGUGGGGCAGUUCCAUGCUCCGCUGGGAAGUCAGGCGUGCGGGCUUACAAAGUCAGCAAAUGAAUCAAGUCCUUUUUUUUGGUUGUAUAUCCUUUUUUUCCUAAAGUUCCAUUUCCUAGCAGUAAUACGUGGUAGAGAAAGAACAGGUUUUGGCUACCGCAUCUCGUAAACAGAAGCGAAGUGAUAUUUGCUUCAUCCGUGGAGGAAUAUGUAAAUACGUAAAACAGUGUUCUGGUUCUUUUAAAACCGACUUAAAGCGUGCUGUGAUUUGACUGCGGGACUGCAGUUACGGUGCGGUACGACGCAAAGUCGUAACGUGGAUUGUAGCGAUUGAAUCGGUGACCGCAGCGCCGGGCAGGGAGCGGUGCGUCGUGAGCCGUACAGGGCUGUCCGGGGCAGCCCCGGGAGAUGUCAGUGAGAGAAAGCGGGCUCGGGACGUCCCAUCCCGCUUAGGAGAGCGCUGGUGCGGCUGGCGGAGCAGGUGAACGCAGGCAGGAGUUGGAGCGGUUCACGUGUGCGCUCCUCAGCGCUCUAACCGCCGCUCGCAGCUCCUCGCGUCGCGGUCCGCCUUUCUCCCUCCGUGAGCGGGAGCGUGCGCCGGGGUCGGCGAGAGGCGGCGGGCCCGAGGGGCGGGCAGGGCUGCCGCGGGGCUCGGCGCGCCGUUCCCCCCCAAUGCCGCGAAACCCCGCGGGCGCCGCUGCGGCCGUUGGCGGGGGCACCGCGCUCCGACGGGAACGGGCGGCCCCAGCGCCGGCCCUGAGGCCGGAGCCGCCAUCGCCGCCUAACAUGAGCAAACUGUCGUUCCGGGCCCGGGCGCUGGACGCGUCCAAGCCGCUGCCCGUCUUCCGCUGCGAGGACCUGCCCGACUUGGCCGAAUAUGCCUCCAUUAACCGGGCCGUGCCGCAGAUGCCCACGGGCAUGGAGAAGGAAGAGGAGUCGGAACAUCAUCUCCAACGGGCUAUCUCAGCACAACAAGUAUAUGGAGAGAAGAGGGAUAACAUGGUUAUACCAGUCCCGGAAGCAGAAAGUAAUAUUGCAUACUAUGAAUCUAUAUAUCCUGGAGAAUUUAAAAUGCCAAAGCAGCUGAUUCACAUACAGCCUUUUAGUUUGGACGCUGAGCAGCCGGACUAUGACAUGGAUUCAGAAGAUGAGGUCUUUGUCAAUAAGCUGAAGAAGAGAAUGGAUAUCUCUCCUUUGCAAUUUGAAGAGAUGAUAGACCGACUAGAAAAGGGCAGCGGUCAGCAGCCAGUCAGCCUGCAAGAGGCCAAGCUGUUGCUGAAAGAAGAUGAUGAAUUGAUCAGAGAAGUAUAUGAGUACUGGAUUAAAAAGAGGAAAAACUGUCGAGGGCCCUCUCUUAUCCCAGCAGUGAAACAAGAAAAGAGAGAUGGCUCCAGCACAAACGAUCCUUAUGUUGCUUUUAGAAGACGAACAGAAAAGAUGCAGACAAGGAAAAAUCGAAAAAAUGAUGAAGCGUCUUAUGAGAAGAUGCUUAAACUGCGUCGAGACCUGAGUCGUGCAGUAACCAUCCUGGAGAUGAUAAAAAGAAGGGAAAAAAGCAAGAGGGAGUUGCUGCAUUUAACACUGGAAAUUAUCGAAAAGAGGUAUAAUUUGGGUGAUUACAGUGGAGAGAUUGUGUCUGAGGUCAUGGCACAGCGGCAGCCAAUGAAACCUACCUAUGCUAUUCCCAUCAUUCCUGUGACUAACAGCAGUCCUUUCAAACAUCAAGAAACUAUGGAACUGAAAGAAUAUAAAGUUAAACAGGAUAAAUCCGAUGUUAUUCGGCCCAAAAGAAAGUAUGAGAAGAAGCCAAAAGUCUUACCUUCAUCUGCUGCUGCUACUCCUCAACAGACAAGUCCUGCUGCACUGCCAGUCUUUAAUGCUAAAGAUAUGAAUCAGUAUGAUUUCCCUAGCUCAGAUGAAGAACCCCUUUCCCAGGUUUUGUCUGGUUCUUCAGAGGCUGAGGAA